AUGUCAAGACCAAAUGGGCGACAGGCAAGACGUCAAAAUGGCGUGAAAUUACCAUUUGCAUUGGAGAGAGAGUUGGGCCUAGAGAACAAGUCACAGGGAUGGCGACCGCAGAAUGGCGCGCUGAGGAACAGAAAAGAACAGCGCAAGGCUGAACGCCUGGAGAAGAAGAAGCGUAGGGAAGUUUCGAAGCCGGAAAGGAGAGUGGAAGAUCAUCAAGACGAUGAGGACGAGGACGAGCAAUAUGGGGAGAGCGAGGAAGAUUCUCUGCCAGCGCCGCCGACUAUGAAGAGAGUCUCAAAGAAAGACGAGGCCACGCCAAAGAGCAUAUUGAAGAAGCCGAAACAUCGAUCGCCCUCACCCUCAAAAUCGAUAUCUGUUGAAGACGACACGGGUCGAUCACGGUCCUUGUCGCCUGGCCUUGUUUUAGAUGUGUCCUCGAGAGCCUUCAGAGACCGAGCGGCGCAGGACGAUGCAGAGAUCAGUGCGCUUGAGAGAAAACUCGGGCUGAAGAAGAGAGCCAGAGCAAAGUCUUUCACUGAAGAUGGUCUGGAUGAUCUGCUUGAAGGUCUAGACGAGGAGGAGAGCGGACACAAGGACGCGAACGAAGAAGACGACUGGCUUGAGAGUAAGAGGAGGAAGACAGCACAUCGGGAUGAGGACAACGACGAAGGUCUUGAUGUUGACGAGGACGACAGUGCCAGAUAUCUAGAUAUGGAUGAAGACGACUUGUCAGAUGAAGACCUUGAGGGAUUUACCGAAGACGAUGAAGAUGAAGAUGAUUUUGAGGGUUUCGCAUCAGAAGAGGAACAUAGGCCCCAGACUCGACCCGCGAAGGUUCGCGAGAACCCUUACGUUGCUCCUGUUGCAGCGAAUGCAUCUGGUUCCAAAUAUGUCCCUCCGUCGCUGAGGAAAGCGCAAAAUUCUGAGGGAGCGUCUCUAGAGAGACUAAAGCGUCAACUUCAAGGACACCUGAACAAGCUAUCCGAAGCCAAUCUCAUAUCUAUACUUGACGAGGUUGAGAAGGUCUAUCAGUCGAAUCCCAGACAAGACGUCACAUCUGUUCUCAUUGAAAUGCUUCUGACCCAAUUCAGCAGCAAGUCGACUCUUCAGAAUACAUUCGUUAUCCUCCAUGCAGCAUUUUCAGCAGCCGUCUACAAAGUGAUUGGGGUAGACUUCGGUGCAGAGCUACUUUCACAACUUGUGGAUCGCUUCGACCUAUAUCAUGGCGACGAGGCAGCUGGAAAGGAAGCAUUGAAUCUAAUCAGUUUGUUGUCCAACCUGUUCACAUUCAACGUUGUGAGCAGCACAAUUAUCUUCGAUCAUAUCAGGCUCUUGCUUGAGGAGUUGACCGAGAACAACACCGAAUUACUACUUCGAAUUGUCCGUGACUCUGGACCACAGCUUCGACGAGAUGAUCCAUCGUCACUAAUGGCUAUUGUUCGAUCGAUGGCGAAGACAGUUGAGAAGAUGAACGCAGCGGGAGAGAAAAUAAGUGCAAGAACUAGGGUUAUGAUGGAUAUGAUUACAGAUCUAAAGAACAACAAAUUGAAGACUACGAGCAACGUGGGUCUUGCCAGCGAGCACAUCACACAGAUGAGGAAAGCGCUGGGAAGUCUUAACAAUCGUGCCUUGAGAGCAUCGGAGCCGCUACGGAUUACUCGAGAUGAUAUCAAGAACAGCGACAAGAAGGGCAAAUGGUGGCUUGUAGGUGCGAGUUGGAAAGGGAAUGAAUCAGCUCGUGCCAUAGAUGACCUUACCGAGACAACCACCAUCUUUGAGGGUGAACUUGAAGAUGAAAACGAUGGCUCGGUUGAUUUGGUCGCUCUUGCUCGAGAGUAUGGGAUGAAUACAGAUGUCAGGCGGUCCAUCUUCGUGGCUCUAUUGUCGGCCGUGGAUUACAAGGACGCUCAUGUCCGCCUAAUGAAGCUUCGUCUCAAACAAAACCAAGUGCAAGAGAUCCCGAGAGUUCUACUUCGUUGUGCGGCCGGAGAGAAUCCCUACAACCACUACUACACGCUGGUGGCUAAGAGACUGUGCCUGGAAAAGCGCUUGCGUAAAGCAUUUCAAUUCGCCUUGUGGGGAUUUUUCAGGAGGCUAGGUGAGAACGCAGACAUUGACGAUGAUACGAACGACGAUGGAGAUCAAAACGUCGAGAUGAACGAGAUUGCGAACCUGGCAAAGCUGUAUGCUCACCUUAUCCUCGAUGGAGGUGUGACUAUUGGUGUGCUCAAGGUGCUCGAUUUGGCAUACAUCAAAGAACGAACAAGCAUGUUUGUCGAGUUGUUGCUUAUCAUGAUCAUGAUUGAGGCCAGGAAUUCGAAGAGCGAUUCUUUACCGAAGUUGUUUGAUCGAGCAAUCGAGACACCUCAGGUCAUCAAACGUUUGCAAUACUUUGUCAAAAAGAAUGUCCGACACUCUGACCUGAUAUCAAAGUCGGACAAGGAUACGGUCAAAAGGGGCUGCAAGGUGGCAUUGGACACACUCUCACGCCUAGAGCCCGGGACCAAUGUUAUGGGCGACUGA